AUGGAUAUUGCAGAUCUCGGUGGCUCUAUCGCCAAGUGGUAUGAUGAAACUCGCAAAGACACGAAAGAUUUUCGAUCUGCACAAAAGGCAUACCAUGAGGGUGUUUUAACGGCACUCAACGACUAUCUCCCGCGAAACCUCUCAUUCGAGCAAGAUAUCGAGAACGCGUUCCUGGGGAUUGAGUGUACAUUUGAACAAUCUCUUGGGGUUUUCCAUCACGGCUUGCCGACGAAAUUGUUUGCAAGAGCUCUUAUGUGGACAAGCCGUGAUUACCUACACCUUACAAAUUCGGAGCGAGAUCACUUCCGUCUUGAACGACGUCCUGGCUUUCCCAGUUGGUCCUGGUCAGGGUGGAGUUUUGGGAAGUUUUGGGGACGAGCUACCAUUGGAAAUGACGUCGGACUUGUGUUGCACUGGUGUCCGUUGAUAUAUAUCUGGGGUUUCAAUGACUCAAUGGACAUGAUUCAACUCUCCAACGAUUAUAACGAAGCCGAAGGCGCGGAAGGCUAUACGGAGUUAUUAGACGGUUUUGCUUCUCUAGUUUACCGCAUCCGUCCCGUCCCAGACGAUCGGUAUCCUCCAACCUUGCCGACCUUGGAUCAUGGAGCAGCUUUAUCACAACACGAUAUCAUUUUCUGGGCAAGCUGUGCAGUCUUUGAGAUAUCGCACGAGCCAAAAUAUCCACUCAAUAGGCAGGGGUUUGGCACUUACGUGAUACGCUUUAGUACGAACAAGGCUGGACAUGAAAACCUUAUUGUUUUGAAAGGGGAUUUCCGACUGGGAAUGCAUGGUGGACUCGAAUUCGUUGCUGUUGCAACAUGUCUCAAUGGAGACUUGGAUUGUAUCGCUAUUCAGUGGUUACGUGGCAAAGCUUACCGCAUUGGGGUUCCGUAUUCACGCAUCCCUGUGAGACAGUGGAUCGAUGCCAAACCGACACGCAAGUUGGUUGUAAUGGGAUGA